CUGAGUUCCGGAGGAAGUGGCGACGCGUCACUUCCGGCCUCCCUCUAGCUGCCAUCUUGCGUCCCCGCGUGUGUGCUCCUUAUCUCAGCUGGUCCGCCCGAGACCCCCUCAGCGCGAACCCUAGUCCCCCGCGCGGCCCCAUUUCCACUCCGACAAGAUGAAAGAAACGAUCAUGAACCAGGAAAAACUGGCCAAGCUGCAGGCACAAGUGCGCAUUGGUGGGAAAGGAACUGCUCGCAGAAAGAAGAAGGUGGUUCACAGAACAGCCACAGCAGAUGAUAAAAAACUGCAGUUCUCCUUAAAGAAGUUAGGGGUGAACAAUAUCUCUGGUAUUGAAGAGGUGAACAUGUUUACAAACCAAGGAACAGUGAUCCAUUUUAACAACCCUAAAGUUCAGGCGUCUCUGGCAGCAAACACCUUCACCAUUACAGGCCACGCCGAGACAAAGCAACUGACAGAAAUGCUUCCCAGCAUUCUAAAUCAGCUUGGGGCAGACAGUCUGACUAGUUUAAGGAGACUGGCUGAAGCUCUGCCCAAACAAUCUGUGGAUGGAAAAGCACCCCUUGCUACUGGAGAGGAUGAUGAUGAUGAAGUCCCAGAUCUGGUGGAGAAUUUUGAUGAGGCUUCUAAGAACGAGGCAAACUGAACGGAGGCGACUUCUGAAGAAGUGACACUUGCAGAAGUUACAGGAGCUGCUAUUUUAUAUCAUGGCUGCUUUUUAAAGGUCUUGUUUAUGGAUCUGAUCAAAUCUAGAUCGCUAAUAUUUUUAAGCCCAAGCCCCUUGGACACUGCAGCUCUUUUCAGUUUUUGCUUAAACACAAUUCAUUCUUUGCAGCAAAUUAAGCUGAAGAAGCCUGGGAAUAAAGUUUGGAAAAGGGUUAAUAAAAUUCUUUGCCUAGUA